AAUUUUAUCUGUAACUUUUAUAUUGUCUAUAACCUGUCGACGACCUGUCGUGUUUAUUACAAAAAUUGAAUGAUUUACUUUAUUUUACAAAGAAACGAGAAAUUAGUGAAUUUCAUAUUAAUACAGGAGUGAUAAGGUACAAUGGAUGUAGAUGACUCUGCAGUGGAUCUUAGUGUAAGAUCCCUGCCUCCUGAGCUGAGUGAACUAAGGGCUUUGACUGCCAGUGGUUUGACCAUCACACCUGCCCAGCCUCCACCUCAUGGCGCUAGUGGGAAGCGCGUGCUCCGCCCUCGCUCUGAACAACGCAGCUACGCAGAGAGCCCCGACAUAGUGCUGCUGCCCGCCGCGCCGCCGCACCGAAAGCCCUUGUUGCCUGCGCCCGCACCAUUCACUGAUGUGAGCAGUAAACUCAACGCCGGCGCAGUGAAUGUCUCCAUAACAGCCAGUGCAGUGCCGACUGUACUACCGGCAGUGGAGUCACCGCGCGACCCGCUGGACGAAGAGGACUCUGAUGAUGAGAAUGAGCCACCAUUGCCGAUACCAGGACAUAGGGAGCUGUCGAGUGCCGAGAUAUGGGAGCGCGAGCGCAGCCUGCGUGCGCUGCGGGAGAAGCUGCGCGCGGAGGAGACGAGGCUGGUGCUGUUGAGGAAGCUGCGACAGUCGCAGCAGGCCGCCACUCUGCCGCCCGCCAAGGACGCGAGCGCGGCGUCCGCAGCGGGCACGGCGCUAGCGGGCAGCGGCUGCGUGGUGCCGCCCGGCGUCACCGUCACGCCGGCGCCGCCGCCCGCGCACCAGCACGCUAAGCGCAGCAGCAGCGUCGCGGGAGCGCUCGGCGCGGGCAACGCGGCGCGCCGCACGGCCAGCUUGCCCGGCGGCGCCACGCUCACGCCCGGCUCCUACCGCACGCAGACGAUGUCCGGAGGCGGUGCCAGCAUCACCCCUUCAGUCACAAUAACUCCGGCGCCGCCGCCCACCAACCACGCCGCUCCCAAGCAGGCCAGCUCCCGCAGUUCAGAAGACACGCAGACGCCGGCACAGCGCCAGGCCGCCGCCAAGAUGGCGCUGCGCAAACAGCUCGAGAAGACAUUGCUGCAGAUCCCCCCACCCAAGCCCCCUCCGCCGGAGAUGAACUUCAUCCCGUCGCCGAGCAACACGGACUUCGUGUACCUGGUCGGGCUGGAGCACGUGGUCGACUACCUCACCAACGAGGAUCGCAUGCCCCGCUCGAGCGUGCCGGCGGUGUGCGCGCAGUGCGGCAGCGACUUCACGCCGGUGUGGCGCUGGGAGCGCGCGCCCGCCCGUCGCCAGGACGCCACGUUCACUUGCGCGCCGCCCGCGCCGCACGCGCGCCGCCUGUGCGAGCUGUGCGUGUCCGGCAACGUGAAGCGCGCGCUCAAGGCGGAGCACACGGCGCGCCUCAAGACGGCGUUCGUGCGCGCCCUGCAGCAAGAGCAAGAAAUCGAGCGCCGCCUGGCCGCGCCCUCGCCGCCGCCCGCUGCCGCCGCCGCGCCCGCCCCCGCGCCCGCGCCCGCUCCGCCUGCCGCGCCCGCGCCGCCGCCUGCGCAUGCGCACCACCACCGCCCGCCACAGAUGACGCUAUCUCGCUCCACGUCACGCAGCAGCGCCGCGCCCACCCCGCCCGCGCCCCCCGCCGCCAAGCCUGCACCCCCCGCUAACAGCAGCCGCAGCCUGAGUUCCACGGAGUCGCUGCGCGGGCACCACUCGGAGCGCGCGCGCGACGCGGAGCCGCCCGCCAAGAAAGGUAAAGGUUCGUCGUCCACCACCAGCAGUCAAGGCAGCAGCAGCAAACAGCAUCAGCAACUGGCGGCGGCGGCGGCAGCUCAGAUGGCCUUCGAGCAGCAGAGCGCUGCGGCCAUGCAGGCCUUGCAGCACCAGCUGCUUAGAGGUCUGAGCGGCGCGGGCAGCAGCGGCGCCAUGUCGCCGGCGGCGGCGGCGGCGGCCAUGAUGCAGUUCUCUCCGCUGCUGUACACCUACCAGCUGGCGCUGGCGCAGCAAGCCAACGCGCUGGGCAAGCGAUCGGGCAAGAACAGCGGCGGCAGCGCGGCGAUGGCGGCGGAGAUGCAGCGCGUGGCGGAGGCGCAGCGCCAGUACCUGCUCGACAUGAUCCCCGGCCAGCACACGCGCAACCCCUGGACCAAGAACUGACCAGGUUCAGUUUUGGAGAAAAGAAAAACAUGAAGAGCAUUUGAAGAAUUAAGUUUAGUUUAAUUUUACACUACACCUAAUAUAGAUAGGAUGAAAUACGAUAUUGAUGAAUAAAGAUGUCCGCCCACUGCAUCAAACCUCUAUGUAAUGUGUGGUGAAUUGCCGAUAGUCCCGGUUUUUAUUUUCGGUUGGUGACUUUGUGAAUAUGAAAUUUCAAGAAUAAUGGAAGAAAUAAAACUGUUACAAGUUAACUAAGACUGCAUCGUUACAGAUUAUCUGAAGUGCUAACAUGCGAUCAAGUGAAAAGAAAUAGUAGGCGGAGUUGUCAAAGUCUUUCGUCCCAACGCAAUGAAAGAGACAGCAGUAUUUCCGGUUGCACCGCCAUUUGUCCAUUUCUCUUCACGACAUUUUCUCGUUGGUCGCAUUUAAGCACUCCUGGUGAGAACGCGAAAGCUAUAACUUGACAAUGAUUUGGAGAUAUUAAAAAAUACUUUCAAAAAUAUUACCGAUGGUACCUCGAAAAACAAUUAAGUCUAAUAAAAAAAUAUUAUUAUUUUUUAUUAGUUUGAUGCGGCUGAUGCAGUGGUCGGCGGAAUAAAGGCUAAAGAAUCACGCUAAGAAUUUUUGAAAACAAUUUCGUAUCGUAUGAACUUUCAAUAAUUUUCAGAAACAAAGAUCAGAGUGUCUAAUCUCAACAAACCGAAAAGUUAUGAGGAAAUAUUGUAGGAUGCACCUAUUUUCUCAGGAAUUACACCGCAUUUUAUAUAUAUUUUUAAGUAAUUCUACUAGAGAUUCCACUAAGUCUACUAGAAAGUGCAUAAGGUCCAUUUUACUUACUGGCUCUUUAAUAUUUUAUUUUAAAGCGCUGAUAUGAUAAACAUGUGAAUUCUUUAACUUUAAACUAAAACUAUGCGAUUCCCGAACAUGUCUUGCUCACAAAAAAUAUACUCAUUACCAGGGUUUGUGACUCAUUUCAGACCUCAUAACCAUGGCUGAUCGAAAUAAAUCGAUUGCCUACAUAGCAAAUAAGUACGAUAUAAUGUCAUGAAUUCCUAUCGUGGUUUUUAGCCUCAAGGUGAAUUUUAUAAGGUGCUUCGUAAAUUUCUAAAUAGAUGUUAAUGUAUAAAAUUCUUCACAAGAAACUCUGAUGUUGUGUUGUUGGGGCACUGUAGACGAAACUGAUCGAUCGAAUUGAUAAUCCUCUUAGGAAAUCAUAUCUCAAGUACUUGGACUGAAUUUCGAUCACAGACAAUUACAUGCUGAGACUAGUCAACUGUUUCCUUCAAUCCCAUAAUCCGAUGGUAAAUUACAAUGUAGAGAGAGAUUGCGUGUUCUCAGAGGCCUGAAUUUUGACCACACUGCAGGCUUCUGAAAAUACAGUCCAUUCAAGAUCACUCAUGGUAUGAAUAGGCAGGAUAGGCCCUUGGAAGUGUGUAUGGACUUUUCUUUUAAGAUAUUUUGGUACCUUUUUGACAAGGCAAAGAAGGUAUCACUGAGAUAUUUUUUAUCCUUUAGUUGAAAUUCCUUGCCAACGCUCUCAGAGUUCCAUAAAAGAAACUAUAUCCCACUGCCCAAAGUGGGCCCGACAACAUCCACUUUUUUCAUUUAUGUAAGUAUAGAUAUUUAGGUUAGGAAUACAUAGGUAAGUUUAAACAUGAAUUAUAAUUCCCUUUUCUCUUCAAUCAAGCGAUAAAGUAUGUCAUAUUACAUUCUAAUAGUUCGACGGUUGUUAAUUUGAACCUAGAAUCUCUUGAAUUACAUGUUGACUUGUUAACUGAUUAACUAUUUGUAUGAAGCAUACUUAAUAAAAUUCACCUUAGGGCCUGCGCAGACUUGGGACUAUGCUCGAGAAACAAUAAAGGUAAAAUAAUAUCCUGUAAAACAUGCCACCGACUAGUAGUAACAGGUAAUAAGAUUGCCUUUGCUAUUGCCGGCGAAUGUUUUAAAUAUACCAAUCACAGGAGGCCCUAGUUUAAACUAUCUUGUAUUAAAAAAAUCAUAUUAAAAGUCCUCGUAGAUAUGAUUCUGUCAUUUUUUUUUGAGAAUUAUGCGCGCCAUGAGACAAUGACAAAGAGGAAGCGAUACGUAGACAAAAUUAUCUUGUUGUCUCUUGGCGCCCAUUUUAGAUUUGCUUGUAUUCAGUAUUUUGAAGAAUAAAAACAACGCCCGAGAGCUACCUUGGUGUGCGCAGGCCCUAAACAACAUAGAUGAUUAGUGUACGAUUUUUCGGGUUUGGUUUUAACGAAAGCUAGUUGUAUGAAUUUCAGUUUUCUUUGUCGCGUUAUAAAUAAUAAUUAUUAUAGAGCACAAGAUACGUAAUUUUAGCAAAGUGAAGUUAGCUUUAAGAAAUUUGUAAGGCUACGUUCAGACUAGUAUUUUUCGGUAUAUUGUAUAUGAAAUUUUAUCGAAAAGAUGAUUUUUUACAUUUAUCAUUUUCUUGACUUGUUGGCUGGGUAGGAAUGCGAGGUUUUUUGAUUACUAGCUUUUGCACUCGACCCUGCCUAUACAUGGAUAUUCGAAAUCAAGUAUUUUCUUAGAUGAAUCAUCAUAUGCAUGCAAUUAUUUUAAUGAUAUAUGAAUGAAGAUGCUAUAUUGUGUUCAAACUGUUUAGUUUUAAGUAUCCGUUACAAUUGAGUAUAGAAGGAAAUGAAAUAUUUUUUAUGGAUUUUAUUUAAUAUUUUAUAUUGAUUUUUUGUUUUACAUGUGUACGAUAAAAUAUUGUCUACUGUAUGCAAGAAAAAUAAACUCGUUGUGAACGUGCCGCUAGUGUAGUGAUACUUGAUAAGAUCAAUUUCGUCAUUUUAUAUGUGGAUUUCUAAGUACUUCAAUAAAUACAGUACGCAG